CCAAUUACUUCCACAGUUCCAUUCCAACAUAGUUGCUGAACAAUACGCUUCCUCUGGAGCCCUAGGAUUCUAAUUUGAACUUGUUCUUCGUUAUCUUUUUGCAGGAAUUCAGCUAUUCCGCUCUUCUUUUUUUUCGAGCAGUAAUCCGUUCGCAUCAAGCAAUUUAGGGCAUCAGCGAAAUAUGGCAACUCUGAAUGACUCUUUUCUGGCUGAUCUUGAUGAAUUGUCUGAUAAUGAAGAUGAUCUUCUGGAAGCAGAUAACGACGAUGCUGAGCACAUGGAAGAAGAUAUAGAUGGUGAUUUAGCUGAUAUAGAAGCACUUAACUAUGAUGAUCUUGACAGUGUGUCGAAACUACAAAAAACUCAGCGAUUUACUGACAUCAUGCAGAAAGUGGAAGAUGCAUUGGAAAAUGGGUCUGAGAACUCCACUCAUGGAAUUGUUUUGGAAGAUGAUCCAGAGUAUCAGUUGAUAGUUGAUUGUAAUGCCUUGUCUGUCGAUAUUGAAAAUGAGAUUGUGAUAAUUCACAAUUUCAUCCGUGACAAGUAUCGCUUGAAAUUUCCAGAACUUGAAUCUCUUGUGCACCACCCAAUUGAUUAUGCCCGGGUUGUUAAAAAGAUUGCUAAUGAAAUGGAUCUGACACUUGUUGAUCUUGAAGGAUUUUUACCAUCUGCUAUUAUUAUGGUGGUUUCUGUCACAGCAUCAACUACUAGUGGAAAGCCUCUUCCGGAGGAUGUCUUGCAAAAGACAAUUGAUGCGUGUGAUCGCGCACUUGCUCUAGAUUCUGCAAAGAAAAAGGUUCUUGAUUUUGUGGAGAGUCGAAUGGGGUAUAUUGCUCCAAAUCUAUCAGCCAUAGUUGGAAGUGCUGUUGCCGCAAAAAUAAUUGGUACAGCUGGUGGUCUUUCGGCAUUAGCAAAAAUGCCUGCAUGCAACGUUCAGCUUCUUGGUGCCAAAAAGAAGAAUUUAGCUGGGUUUUCAACAGCAACAUCCCAAUUUCGUGUUGGCUAUUUGGAGCAAACUGAGAUUUUCCAGAGUACUCCUCCUUCCUUAAGAAUGCGUGCUUGUCGACUUUUGGCUUCAAAAUCCACUCUUGCUGCACGUGUAGACUCUACUAGGGGAGACCCAGCUGGAAAAACUGGGAGAACUUUGCGCGCAGAGAUUCACAAAAAGAUAGAGAAGUGGCAAGAGCCGCCUCCUGCUAAGCAGCCUAAACCACUUCCGGUUCCUGAUUCUGAGCCCAGAAAGAAGAGAGGCGGUCGGCGUUUAAGGAAGAUGAAAGAAAGAUAUGCUAUUACAGACAUGCGGAAGCUGGCUAACAGGAUGCAGUUUGGGAUACCAGAGGAGAGUUCACUAGGUGAUGGACUUGGCGAAGGUUAUGGAAUGCUCGGUCAGGCUGGUAGCGGAAAGCUUCGUGUAUCUGUUGGACAGAGCAAACUUGCUGCGAAAGUAGCCAAGAAGUUUAAGGACAGGAGUUAUGGAACCAGUGGCGCAACUUCUGGACUGACAUCAAGUCUGGCUUUCACACCCGUGCAGGGUAUCGAGCUCUCAAAUCCUCAGGCGAACCAGUUUGGAGGAACUCAGAGUACUUAUUUUUCAGAGACUGGAACUUUUUCGAAGAUCAAGAGAACAUAAAAGACACUUAGCCUGCUACUCUACCCCCAGUGGGCAUUAUCGUGAGAACAUAAAAGACACAUGUCGCUUUAACUACACCCGCUAUGUUAAUUAUAGGAGGAAAUGUAUUUUGUGGAAUUGCUAAGUUUGACCACAUUCAGUUUCAGUUUCAGUUUCAUAUUUUGAUUUCUGUAUACGGAUGAAGAUCUUGCUUCUAAAAUUUGCUUUCAGUUUGAAAAAUGAAAUUGUAAUUAUUUGUA